UAUCAGAAGAAAUUUUGAUCACCAUCACACCUCUCUCCGUCAUGUCCGGCAACAAUACCUCUUCUCGAAAUGAAUCUCUGUCUGAAGACGAGGGUAAUCAAAAAAAUCAGCCUCCUUCCUCUUAUCGCAUCUUAAGGCCUAAACGUACCGUUAAGGCUCCUGCUCGUUACAGGGAUGCUCGUUCUGCAGCUGGGAAAUCCGUUGAUGUUCACGUUUUUGUCGAUGCUAGGAAGAAAAAGACUGGAAAGUCCGUAAUCAUGACUAGUGCUGAUGCAGGUAGCCGUUGUGAUCGAGACUCAAACCACUUUGUAAGUGCUGGUUCAAGGACUUCUGUUCGUGAGUACCCAACAGAUGGACUCUCAUUCGACGCUCCCAUGGUCACUAUUUUCCCAGACAAUCAACUAUUCGGUGGUUUCAUCGUUCCCAAGUGCUACGCAUCUCUUUACAUCAAGAUCUGGAGGAGGUACGGUCAUAUUGCUACUACCGAAGUGUAGAGAGGUUUUCUGCCGACCUUGUUGACUAUCGUUGCUAGUUUGUUUCCCAUUAUUGACGAGAUGAUCAAGAUAAAUCUUCGCGAUGUCAAAAACCAGGAGUUGCACAGAUGGGAUGACAUGAUCUCAAACUAUGAGGUACUACGGUUCAA